AUGAUGACUGGUUUCCCGGCCCUCAUGUAUUAUUUCUGGGUUUCGCUCGAGUUCCACGAGGGUAGACUCUUUUUCCCCGAGUCGUACACCAAGGAAGGUUUGUCCGAUUUCUUCUGGAAUGAGUAUGUCGGCAAGAUCGUCGAGGCCGGUUUGCCCAACUGGACUGCUGCCAAGAUUUACUUGGGCUAUGCUUUGUUCUCCUUCAUUCUCGCCUGGGUUAUGCCUGGUCCUGUCGUCGAGGGUCUUCCCAUUCCCUCGUUGAAGGGCAAAAGAUUGAAGUACGUCUGCAACGGUUUGUCGUCGUGGUACCUUGUCCUUGCGUUGUCCGCUGUCCUCCAUGUUACUGGCAUCUUCCGCCUCACUGAGAUUAUUGAUAACUUUGGUCCUAUCAUGAGCGUUGCUAUCUGCUGGGGUUUCACUAUGACCACCUUGGUGUGCAUCAGCGGUUACGUUCAGGGCACCAACCACCGCAUGUCUGGCAACUUCUUCUAUGACUACUUCAUGGGUGGUCCCUUGAACCCUCGCAUCGGACCUGUCGAUUUGAAGAUGUGGGCCGAAAUUCGCCUCCCCUGGGUCAUUCUUUUCUACUGCUCGCUGUCCUGCCUCCUCAAGCAGUACGAACUUGAUGGCAAGGUCACUGGCCCUGCUGCUUUCAUGGUCCUUGCCCACUUCCUCUAUGUCAACGCUUGCCAGAAGGGCGAAGAGUGCAUUCCUACCUCGUGGGAUAUGUUCUAUGAAAAGGAUGGCUUCAUGCUUAUCUUCUGGAACAUGGCCGGUGUCCCCUUCACCUACUGCUAUGCCUCCAUCUACUUGAUGAAGUACCAGCUCUCGACCGGCACUGCCAUCACUCACUCUCUUCCUUACACCGUCGCCUUGUUCACUGCUCUUUUGCUCGCCUAUUGGGUCUUUGACACCGGUAACUCGCAAAAGAACCGUUUCCGUAUGGAGCAAAACGGCUCGUUCAUCGUCCGCAAGACUUUCCCCCAGCUUCCUUGGGGCCAUAUCAAGAAUCCCUCCUACAUCAAGACCGAGCACGGCAACCUGCUGCUCACCUCUGGUUGGUGGGGCAUUGCCCGCAAGCCUCAUUACACUGCUGAUUUGGUUAUGGCCAUCUCGUGGGGUCUGAUCACUGGCUUCGGUUCGUUCUUGCCCUACUUCUACUUCUGCUUCUUUCUCGUUGUCUUGACCCACCGUGUCUCCCGUGACAUGGAGCGCUGCGCCAAGAAGUACGGCAAGGAUUGGGAACGCUACUGCGAGCGUGUGCCCUAUAUCUUCGUCCCUUACGUCUUCUAA